AGGGCGGGUGUGGGCAAAGUCAUAACGUACUUUAUCAUCUGUCAAUCAUGCAUUUACCGCCUGUUUCAUUGGUAUCCUUAGGGUAUAAUAACAAAUUUUUAAAGAUCAUAUUAAAAGUUCUCACAAUUUAGGGAAUUGAAGUCGGCCCCUCUUUCCGAAGUGCUUCCUUUCAUAUUAAAAAUACGAUCGAAAUGAUCUUUACAAUACCAAUAACUAGUCUCUUCUCACAGCCGCGACUUCCGGUCUCGAAAACGGACUUCAAACGUAAUGACAUUUUUGUUGACAAAGUUGGAGGUUUAGGCGUAUGUAAGUGGUGAUGCACAUGGUAUUGUUAGAAUCUGUAGUGGAUAUCUUUUUAAAGACAGUGAUUUGUAGCAAUAGCUUAAGUUUGAAAUUAGUCCUCGAAAGAUGGGUGAUUCGAAUACCCCGAGAUCAGCGACAACGACCGUUGGAAGAAAGCCUCAAGGAAAGAAAUGGCACUUCAAGAAAGAAGGGGUUUGUGUUAAAACAGUCUAUCACCACAACAAAGAAGCUAUUCUAACUUCCAAAAAGGCUGAUCCAGGUUCUGUUCUAUCAAUAUCUGAAAAGGAUGGUAGCAAAAUUUUGGUCGCAUAUUCAACGGGAAAGAAGAUAAUGCUCGAUCUCAUGUAUUUCACGCCAUUUGAUGAGACAACAAAGAUUCUCCACAACGAAAUAAAUGAUAGUGCCCGAUUCGUGGCUAGAACACAAGAGCUGUAUAAAUUAAAACAAGAUUCCAGUACGUCAAAAAGAAAAGCAGCAGCUGAUCCUCCUAGACCACCCACACGAAGGAGGAUUGAGAUCAGAAGUUCAGACCUCGAUCUUGACAUUAAUGGCGACGCCGAUGGCACUGUGAGCGAAGCGAGAAGUUCUGAGUUAUCUCCAACUAACAGGCCUCCCGAAUCACGUGUCGUCGAAGAGCUUCAAGGAAACACUGGCACCAACGAAAGUCUCUCAGAAGACAUGGUACAAUAUCUAAUAACUACUGAUCAAGUGCCAAUAAAAGUUCUUGUUACAAGUUUGAAGGAACCAAGGGAGGGAUUUGCCCUUAGAGGGAUAGAUGACAAAUUUGUCAUUGGAUUAAGAAAAGAAUUCCAAACAAACAAGGCAAUCUUCACAAAGCCUUUGGUAGCAAUUGUGAGUGGUGUCAACAAUAUUGGGGAAUAUGCUCAUGAGCGGUUGGAAUCAUACCAGCUUGAAGUUAUAGGGGGAAACCAUCGUCGAGUUGCCAUGCAAGAACUAUAUCAAGAAACAAAAGAGGAGCAGUAUAAAUGGGUGAAUGUGCUCCUCUACACUGAAAUGCCCAAAACAACUGCACUUAAACUGGCUGCAAGACACAACAGGAUGGACCACUAUUGUCAUUUCAUGACAGAUCAGGAUAAGGUCAAACUAUGCAACAAAAUACUUGUUGAUGACUAUAAAGGGGCCAAGUGUGGAAAAUGGCGGGAUCGCUGUGCUGAAAUACUUGAUUCAAGUAAAGACAAAAUGGAGUUUAUUUUCAUGUUGAGCUCCCUGAGGGAAGAUGUGUUCAACAUGUGGCUUGACGUUGUGACAGCCUAUGAAACCUUCAAACUAAAGGGUCAGGUGCCAACAACAAAGCAAAAUAGGCUUGCAAUUGAUGGGGUGAAGCAGAAACCAACCCUUACUGCUUCUAGGUUCAAAUGUAUCAGAGGGCUGCCACACGAAAGUAUUGUAGAUCUUCUAACAGAAGUAAGACAGAGCAAUUUGAGUCUAGCAGAAAUGAAGACAAAAGCAGAGGAAUUGAAGGCUAUUGGGACAAUCAAAGCUGAAUUUGUGAAGCUAGCAGGAAUGAAAACAUGGGAAGAAGUCAAGCAAAGAUUUCCCCUUUGGAGCUCAACUGAAAAGCUAACACCCUAUUCCAAAGAGGUAAAAGGUGGAAAGGCGCCUCAACAUUUCACUGAUUUUGUACAAAGGUGUUUAAGGUGCAGCUCAUCAACUGAAAGUGGAAAUUCAAAUGCAGUUGACACCAAUAUCAUACAAGCAGGUGAUGGAAUUUGGUAUAGUGCCAUUGUGGCAAAGGAAUCAAGAAUCUCUUCCUCAUUGUUUGAAUAUGAGAAAUUUGGAGGGGCAGAUCUUGUCUUGAUAAAUAAUGUAAAGGACCUGGAUGAAAACAGCAUAAAGGGAUUGGUAAGGGCGGUCUGCAGUAUAAACACCAAACACAAAAUGUGCAAUUAUAUUAUUGCAAUCAGACAAAAUUUUGUUCAAGGACUAACCGAAUGUACCCCUGAUGGGAAAGAGGAAGUUCUCUAUGUUGGAUUUCCGAAGAAAGAAUUAAAGCAAGGUACUGCUCUCACACAAGCCACCGAAAUUAUUACAAUAAUUGCGGUAGGAAGGCCAAUCUUAAGGUGUCACAACUUUAUCGUUGCCGAAGACGAAAGAUCGUUAAUGGCAAUCUUUAUGGACAAGUUUUUGCCUUUCCAUGGAACUACAGUUGAGAUUGGCACCGAAAAAGAUUCGCUAUACCUUCUUGAUGCGGCAUUUAAUGCCAAAGCUAACCUUAUUUGCGUCUGUAAGGACAAUACAAUUAAGGAGAAGUUCAUAAUCCAAGCCAAAAAACUUCUUCAAGUCCAAGAAGAAAAUGACAAUUAACUCCUAUGUAACUUUUUUUUCACUGAUUAAAAACAUUUUAGUACCAUAGUAAACUUUUGGCGGUUGAUGA